UCAAAACCCAGGGUGGCCUAUGCACUUCAGGCACGGUCAAAUCAUUAAGAAGAAAUUAAUCGAAAUUCUAAACCCCACUCUAUAGUCCCUCUCCCAUUUCCUAAGAGUCCAUAUAUCCCGACGACCAAGAACCAACACGACGGCCCGAUGGUCUUGUUCCAUAUCAAGGUCAACAACGUUCCAAUCCCAGUCCUAAUUCCACAACCGUUUCCCCACAACAGCGCCCCCUAGGGGCCACAAACAUCAGCUGCCUACUAGCAAGUACUAGGUAGUAGGUACUAGAGAGUACUUGAUGCCAGUGGAGCACCACUUCCAAUCACAAUCCCGUCAAAUACAAGUGCAAGUGUGCUGAAACUGGUGGUGCAAUCCUCUGUCUCCCACGGAUUGAUUCACUAGCCCUAGACAGCUCUAGACAGCCAUGGAAGUGGACGAGGUGGAGGGGUGUCUGUUGGCCCAAUUCGGUUCCAUGCAGACCCUGGACCACGACGACCUCAUUUCCCAGAUGCUCCGCUUGGUGGGAGGCUCCAGUUUGACCACGGAAGCGGCUACCUUCUACCUCGAGAUGAAUCAGUGGAACGUUCAGGCUGCCGUCUGCGCUUAUUUCGACCUCGAAGCCGGUCCCGAGGCCCGUCUGGGCCCGCCCAAGAUGACCUUCGUCAAGGAUGUGACCAUCGGCGAGGGUGAAUCGGUGCCUCCCGCCACGCGAUUCACCAAAACGUGGGCGGUCACGAAUCCAGGGGCCGAGCGGUGGCCCGAGGGGUGUGUUUUGGUGUUCAGUUCGGGGUUGCAAAUGGCGGAAGUGGGUCGAAUAGGCGUGCGGUCCCUGGCUCCGGGUGAGCAGGCCGACGUUUCAGUGGAUAUGACCUCGCCUGCAGCUCCGGGGAUUUAUGAAAGCAAAUGGCGCAUGAGCACGUCGUCGGGGUUGUUCUUCGGCGAUACGAUUUGGGUCAUCAUCACGGUGGAAGUGGCCGGCACGUUGGCCUUGACCCAACAGAUGGAUAAGUUCCAUGUCUUGGAUCAGAGCAAUGCCAACCAUAGGAACAGUGAUAAUCGACCUCAGUCCAAUCCUUUUGGCCUCAAAUCUCCGCUCCCGCCGCCCGCCAAUGAGGAUGCCAUGAAUUGAAGGACUAACUCGCCACAGUGCAUUUCGAACUUCAUGUGGAACCUGUGGAACGAAGGUUGAGGGUUGAGUUGCCCAUGCGAAUGUUGCCAGGCACUGUUCACGCCAACUUUAUUAUCAUUAUUACUAUUAUUAUAUCCAUAUGACAUACCACGCCGCCACUGAAAUACAAUCAGGUACGAGAAAUAACGAA